GUGGUCAUUGAUUUUUAGCUCUGCCUGCUGCACAUUGGUUGUAAAUCAUGGCGUUUCUUUUGAUGUUGAGUCUUUUGUUCACACUGACUCUCACAGGAGCAGAACCCGGCGCAGCCACUUUUGAAAAAUGUCCUUUACUUAAUCUGAACGGGCUUGUUUUCCCAGAUUACUCUAGCCGUCCAGUAGAGCAUGCAUUGCAUUGGAGUAAAGCACAAAUAGCAAAACCAGCACCUGACUGGAAUGGUACAGCAGUUGUUGGUGCUGCUUUCAAGGAACUGAGAUUAUCAGAUUUUAAAGGAAAGUAUUUAGUGUUCUUUUUCUACCCAUUGGAUUUCACAUUUGUAUGUCCGACUGAAAUAACGGCAUUCAGCGACAGAGUUGGCGAGUUUAAAGCGAUCAACACUGAAGUGGUGGCUUGCUCUGUAGACUCUAAGUACACUCAUCUAGCGUGGAUCAAGACCCCCAGAGACAAAGGAGGUCUGGGAGAGCUUAAUAUUCCCCUAUUGUCAGACAUAACAAAGCAAAUAUCACGUGAUUAUGGAGUACUAUUGGAAGACGAAGGAAUCUCAUUGAGGGGGCUGUUCAUUAUUGAUGCAAGAGGAAUUUUAAGGCAAAUCACAAUGAACGAUUUACCCGUUGGAAGAUCAGUAGAUGAAACACUUAGGCUGGUUCAAGCAUUUCAAUAUACGGAUCAAUAUGGAGAAGUUUGUCCAGCUGGAUGGAAGCCUGGGGAACAAACUAUUGUUCCUGAUCCUGAAGGGGCACAGAAAUACUUCAAAAAAUGCAAUGACAAGAACUAAACUCUUACUCUUAUAGGGACUUUUAAAAAAUAACACAAAGGAACAUAUUAUUAUUAUUAUUAUAAGCAACAGUAUAAUAAUAGUUACAUGCUAAAAUCUAAUUGACUUCUUAACAACUGA